ACACUAUCGUUAUAAUCACCCUCAUUUCACUUACAAAUCCUUUCUCUACACACAUACAGAGUAAAGGAUAUGGGAUCCAGUACUAGAAGCCUGGCAAUCAAACUCCUUAUGAUACAAUGCCUAACUGUUGUGUGUUUCUCUCAGGAUUUUGAUUUCUUCUACUUCGUUCAGCAGUGGCCUGGAUCGUACUGCGAUUUGAAACAAAGUUGUUGUUAUCCGAGCACAGGGAAGCCGGCUUCAGAUUUCGGGAUUCAUGGAUUGUGGCCUAAUUAUCAGGACGGCUCUUACCCUCAGAACUGUGAUCCCGAUGCCCCCUUGGAUCCUUCCAAGAUCUCGGAUUUGAAAGGCAAUAUGCAAAAGGAGUGGCCAACGCUGGCCUGCCCGAGUGGCGAUGGCUUGACGUUUUGGGGUCACGAAUGGACUAAACACGGAACCUGCUCCGAGUCUGUUCUAGAUCAGCACGACUACUUUGCGACGACACUCCACCUCAAGGAUCAAGUGAACCUUCUGCAGAGCCUCGAAAGUGCAGGAAUUCACCCAGAUGGCGGAUCCUACAGCUUGGAAAGCAUAAAGAGUGCUAUCCAACAAGGAACUGGUUAUACCCCUUUUAUAGAGUGCAAUGUCGAUGCGUCUGGCAAUAGUCAGUUGUACCAGGUUUAUCUGUGUCUUGAUAAUUCUGCCUCCAAACUUAUCGAGUGCCCUGUAUUUCCUCAUGGCAAAUGUGGCGCCCAGAUCCAGUUUCCAACUUUUUAAUCGUUACAACUCAGUUGUCAUUGUUAUUUGGGGAUCUAAACUGAUACAACUUUUAGUUCAUGUCAAUAUCAAAGCUGAUGAUACCCUCAUGUAAUUUGAUUUUAUAGUUAAAAGAUCGGCCAUGCUUCUGUUAA